UGUCCACCACAAUGAAUUCAAUACUACUACUACUUGUUUUGUUUCUAUUUCAAUCAUCAUUGUUAGAAGCUAAUAACCCUCCCAAUAUUCCACCAUCUACACAAACACUACCAUCCUCACCUUUACAUAUUAAUCAAUCUUAUAAUCCAAUUCUCAAAAAAGCUAAAAGGUCUAGGCCUCCUCCUCCUCCUCCACCACCACCACCACCACCACCACCACCUCCCUUUGACUACUUUGUGUUGGCCGAAACAUGGCCAUCAACCUUUUGCACAAUUAAUCCAUGUGUCAAUCCAAUUCCCCCGCCGAUAAAAUUCAAAAUACAUGGUUUGUGGCCGAACACGAAAUCCUAUAAUCUUAGAAACUGUCAAAACAUACAGCUUGACUUGAAAAAAAUUAGUCAAUUAGAAAAUAAACUUAAUAAGGAUUGGCCAUCGUUAAAGAAGUCUCAAAAUGUAACGAAAGCGAACCAAGACUUUUGGGCUUAUGAAUGGUUAUCACAUGGAACAUGCUCACUCCCACUGCUAGAUGAAUAUGAAUACUUUGAUGAGACAUUAAAAAUCUAUAAUAAAGAUGACCUAAUGGCUAAACUUAGCAAGGAGAAUAUCACACCUGGUGGAUUUGUGGCUAAUGUUGACAUUUUCGAUGCAAUAGAAAAACACAUCCAAUUCAAGCCACAAAUUGUAUGCAAACAGUUCAAGGGUAAGCAAUAUUUACGUGAAAUAAGACUUUGUUUGACUGCAAGCAAAUAUCCACAAUAUAUGGACUCCAAUAGUCCUUACAGUGGAUGUAAUGUUCCAAAAGUGUAUUACUGAUCAUUUCUAUAAUUUAUGAAU